AUGCCUAGGACCAUCUUAAUUACAGGUUGCUCGGAUGGUGGCUUGGGUGCUGCUCUAGCCCUCGCUUUUCACAAGCACGGUGACCGCGUUCUAGCAACAGCACGAAACCCGUCCAAGAUGGCGCAUCUUAAAUCUGAAGGCGUCGAAACGCUUGCAAUGGAUGUACUCUCAGAUGAGUCACUUCAAACCGCCGCAAAGGAGGUUGCUGCCUUGACCAAUGGCUCACUUGACAUGCUCAUCAACAACGCUGGCGCUGGAUACUCAAUGCCACUACUCGACGCCGACAUGCGUGAGCUAGAGAAGGUUUUCAAGCUCAACGUCUUCUCUGUCAUGCGAACCACACAAGUAUUCUUCCCCCUCCUUCGAAAUUCUAAAGCUGGAGCAGUGUUGGUCAAUCAUAGCUCAACGGCAUGCGUGGCGCCGAUACCAAUGCAAGGAGGAUACAAUGCUUCGAAAGCGGCCGUUGCGAUGCUGUCGGAAAACUUAAGAUUGGAACUCGACCCCUUCGGGAUCAAAGUCGUCGACCUGAGGACCGGCGGCGUCCAAUCCAAAUUCUUCGACAACACCCCUCAAGGCAGGACGGCAAAAUUGCCAGAAAACACCCCAUACGAGCUCUCACGAGAACAGAUCGAAUCCAUCAUCCAUGGAAACGUAGGCGUCGCGUUUAUGGACACGGAUGUUUGGGCCAGUAGCGUUGUAAAGGAUCUCAACCGGAGCAAGCCGCCCGUCCAUAUCUGGCGUGGGAGUGGUGCGACAAAGGGUUGGAUUUCAACUAUGCUUCCUCACGGAACUUUCGACGGGCUACUCAAGAAGAUGGGCGGCCUGGACGUCUUUGCAAAGAAGCUGAGGGAGGCAGAGGCAAAGAAGACUCAAUAG